GGCACUGAGGAUUUACUAGCAAAAAGUGAAGCAAGGAAGAAACUACCUGAUAAAAAUCUUGAUUUUCAGGUGAGGGUGAGGAUUAUCGAGGGUCGUCAGCUGGCAGGAGCUAAUAUCAGCCCUGUGGUCCGUGUGACAAUGGACAAUCAGUCACGGCAAACUAAAGUCAUCAAAUCAACCAACAAGCCAUUUUAUGAUGAGGUGUUUUUCUUCAAUUUCAAUGUUACACCACACAAACUGUUUGAUGCUCAAGCUCUGUUUGAGGUAUUUAAUUCCAAGAAAUUAAGAGCAAAUGCAAUGGUUGGAAGUUUUCAGUGUGAUGUGGGAUUCUUCUAUGAUGAACCUUCUCAUUCUGUUCUAAGGAAGUGGAUACUGUUAUCUGACCCAGAAGACAAAAUGGCAGGAGCAAAAGGCUACUUGAAAGUUACAGUUAUGGUUCUAGGACCUGGUGAUGAAGCCCCAGUGGUGACAAUAACAGAGGAUCAAGAUGACCUUGAUGAUAUUGAAGAUAACUUGAUCCAACCUCCAGGCAUGAUGCUUAGACCAGCAGUUUUCUCCCUGAGAGUCUUUAGAGCUGAGGAUAUUCCACAGAUGGACUCCGCAGUUAGUGAGACAAUUAAAAAAACCUUAGUUGGUGGUGAGAUGAAAGAGUUGGUUGACCCAUACUUGAUAUUCUCAUUUGCUGGCAAAGAAGCAAGAACAGAUGUACACAAAAACUGUGAUCACCCUGAAUUCAAACAAGGGCUACAUGUUCCAUUUCAGUUCCCUACCAUGGCAGAAAAGUUAAAGUUGCAGUUAUGGGACUGGGACAAACUAAGUGGUGAUGACUGCAUUGGUACCUAUUACCUUCCAAUGUCUGAAAUAUCUGGACAAGGAGAAGAAGGAUACCUGCCAAGGUUUGGACCUUGCUUCAUAAACUUUUAUGGCUCCACAAGAGAAUACUCUGAUCUCCCUGAUGAAUUUGAAGAUCUGAAUCUUGGCAUUGGUGAGGGUGUGGCUUACCGUGGCCGAGUUCUGGUUGAGUUGGAGACUAAAUUAGACACUCAACCCACCAAGCUGGUCGAAGAAGUAUUAAGUGAUGACAUUGUGCGAGUUCAGACUUAUCUACGUCGGCGUAAAUACAAGCUGUUUGCCUGUUUUUUGGAAGCCACAAUGGUCGCUUGUACUGAUGGACCUGUUACUUUUGAAAUAAGCAUAGGUAACUAUGGAAACCAGCUGGACUUGUCAGUGCCGCCUUCGUCAUCUUCUACAUCACCAACAAACGCCAUAUUUGAUGGCAGCUACUAUUACUUCUUGCCAUGGAAUGAUAUCAAACCGUGUUGUAACGUGGAUAGCCAUUGGGAAGAUAUCGCCUUCAGACUGGAGCCAAGGAACAUCCUCACUCGGAUAUGCGAACAACUUGAGUUAGACUUGGAAAAAGUUCAGCUGGCGAUUACCGAGAAAGCCGCACUUACAACUGUUGCUGUUCUUACAAUUAAAAUGCUGGAUACAUUGAUAGAGAGCUGCAGAGAACCCCUUCCUCCGUUGGCAGCCAAAACACCCGGAAUCAACGAUCUUGAUCUGAAGUUGAGAGAGACACGAGAAAGUGAACUGCGCACAAGUGCUACAGACGUGGAUGAAACGAUCGGAGUCGUGGAGGAGUUUUUGAAAAAGCUUCAUUUCCUUGCAGUAGAGCCUCAGAAUAGCAUGCCUGAUGUAGUGAUUUGGAUGAUGAGUGGAGAAAAGAGGAUAGCUUAUCAUCGCAUCCCUGCUUAUGAUCUGCUGUACUCAACACAUGCGGAAGCUCGAGGAAAACAUUGCGGAAAGACACUGGAUUUGUUUAUGCAGUACCCCGGAAAGAAACAGUUCAACCUAGAGGACUACCCAGAAGUCCCCGCUCAAGUCCGCGUCAUGCUGUGGCUUGGACUCGAGAAAGACCAGGAGGCCUGGAGUAACCGCCAAGAGACUGAGGGCGACUUUUGCGUAUUUGCAGAAACGUACGAGAACCAAAUGAGUGUGCUAGGUAAUUGGACAGCCAAAGGACUCCCUCGGCCUGCCUGGUCAAAUGCUGGUGGAACGCUUAGCGUAUGAAAAGGACACAGGCUGUAAGAGUUUUAUGGAGGACGUGUUUGAAAACGAAGAACGGUUUCCUGGAGGACACUGGUCGCCGGCGUCAGUGAAUUGGACAGACAUUCACGAAAAUGCUGCCACUGAUAAGGAUUCGAUAGUUGCCCCUGAAGGCUGGGAGUGGACUUCAGAAUGGAGCGUUGACACCAACAGGGCGGUGGACGAAGACGGUUGGGAAUACACUGUGGACAUAAGUGUGGGCAGUUAUGUGGCAGUGGAGAAAACUUAUCACAUGUCGAGGAGAAGGAGAUGGGUUCGCAGCAGAAGCUUGGUUAAGAGUACGGACAAAGAAGAAAAGGGCCAGGAAAAGGUCGACACGGAAGGCUGGGAAUAUGCCGCAGUGUUCUCAUCAAAGUUUCACAGCAAAUGCCGCACACGAGAUUUGGUUCGGCGUCGAAGAUGGCAUCGGAAAAUGGUUCAAACAGAUCCAACAGCGCCAGCUGUGUUUCAAAUUUCGGACGAGGGUAGAAAGGGAAUUAUGAUGGUUCCUCGGAUGUUCAUCACAUUUGAAAAACCUCACAAGUAUCAGCUGAGAGUGUACCUAUUUCAAGGGCGGGACCUUUUACCCGCAGAUCCCGACGGAUUGUCCGAUCCCUACGUGCGCGUUUCUUUUGGUACUCAGAGUCAGGUAUCGGAGAUCAUUCACCGCACACUAUGUCCCACUUGGGACCAGACGCUUAUCUUUGAAAAUGUAUACAUCUACGGCAGUCCUGAAAUCACUGAGGCUUCACCUCCACAUGUUGUCUUGGAACUCUUUGAUCAAGAUCCUGUGGGUAGAGAUGAGUUUAUGGGUCGCUCUGUGGAGUCACCUGUUGUUAAACUAAAUGGUCAGGGACCGCCAGCUCCAAGACUUCUUUGGGAAUCGGUGGAAAAAGGCACGGAAGAUGGGGGGGAAAUUCUGGUUGCGUUCGAGCUCUUUCUGGACGAGGGAACUGACUUACCUUACUUCCCGCCCACCAAAGAACACAAAUCGUCAUUGUUCAUUGUACCAAGUGGAAUCAGACCAGCAGUGCAGCGCACAGCUAUCGAGGUCUUAUGCUGGGGCGUUCGCAACAUGAAGAAGUUUCAGCUGGCUAAUGUCUCCUCGCCAAGUAUCGAGUUCGAGUGCGGAGGUCAAGUGAUUCAAUCGUCGACUAUUAAGAACACUCAGAAAAAUCCAAACUUUGAUGAACCGCUGUUUUUUUUUGACACGUACCUUCCUAAAGAGGAACUCUAUACUCCACCCAUGAAUAUCAAAGUGCGGGAUAACCGUUCGUUUGGCCGUCGACCUGUUGUUGGUGUUCACUGCAUCAAGUCACUGCAGCCCUUCAGGUGCUUGCCUCUCGACGAUAACGAUGUGGGUGAAGAUGAAGCCGAUGCAGCCAAAGAUGAAGACUCUGGUUCUUUCUUACUUGACAUCGCUGACGAGAGAGACAAAACGGAAUUGGUUGAAGAGGACAUUGACUGGUGGUCCAAGUACUACGCCUCACUGGGUGAUUACGAUAAAUGCGGAGAUUACAUAGCGCGUGGCUACGACAAGAUUAUUGUGUACGAAAAAGAGCUUGAAAAAGUGGACGUUUAUGAAAAGUUCCAAGACAUGGUGAAGACAUUUGAAUUUCAUCGUGGAAAAGCUAAACCCGGAGAGGACGCCACAGUUGUUGGCGAAUUUAAGGGAGCAUUUCAUGUCUACCCGUUACCAAGCGACCCAAAUCUCCCCCUGCCACCUCGUAUCCUGAGAAACUUGCCUCCCAGCGAACCGGUUGAAUGUCUGGUCAGAAUUUACGUCAUAAAGGCUAUUGACCUUCAACCCAUGGAUCCCAAUGGUCUAGCUGAUCCGUAUUUGAUCGUAUCUCUCGGUAAAACUAAGAUCAAGGAUCAAGACAAGUACAUUCCCAACACACUGAACCCUGUCUUUGGAAAGAUGUUUGAGUUGACAGCCCACAUCCCAAUAUCUAAAGACUUGUGUGUCACAGUGAUGGACUAUGAUCUGAUUGGAAAAGAUGACAAGAUUGGAGAGACGGUUGUUGAUCUGGAAAAUCGGUUUUUGUCGAAGUUUGGGGCCAUCUGUGGCCUUCCCCAAACCUACUGCACUUCCGGUAUUAACAAGUGGCGUGACGCUCGCACACCAAGGCAGAUUCUGGACAAGUACUGCGAGACAAACAACUUUCAUAGACCAAGAUUUAUUGGUAACGAUAGAGUAAUAUUCCACGGAGAUGCGUACUGCUUGGAAGAUUUUGAGAUUGGAAUGACAAUAUCUCCUCACAUGGGUCCCCCUGAUCAGCGCCUUGCCUUGCACUUGCUUAACAGUUUGCCACUGGUGCCAGAGCACGUGGAAACGCGACCACUGUACAGCACUUUGCAGCCUGGAGUAGAACAGGGAAAACUUCAAAUGUGGGUGGACAUUUUCCCAAAAAAUUAUGGACCGCCAGGGUUGCCGUUUAACAUCUCACCCCGAGAGCCAUGGGAUUACAUGUUACGCGUCAUCAUAUGGAACACGAGUGACGUCAUUUUAGAGGAAGUGUCUGCCAUGGGGGAAGCGAUGAGCGACAUUUACGUGAAAGGGUCUCUGGACGGUACGGGUAACUUCAACUGGCGGUUUCUUUUCCCGUUCUUGUAUAUUCCGGCCGAAAAAGUUAUGGUUGUAAGAAAAAAGGCGCACUUUUGGAGCCUUGACAUAAGAGAGCAAAGAAUUCCUCCAAAACUGAUUCUACAAAUCUGGGAUAACGACUUGUUCUCUCCAGACGAUUUCCUCGGUACGUUAGAAUUAAACUUAAACAAAAUGCCAAAACCAGCUAAGAAUGCGCGCAAGUGCAGCUUAGAUCAGCUUCCAGGGUUGAAGAACAAGCCGCGACGAAACACAGAGACAGUGUCUUUGUUUGAUCUGAAGCGAACGAAUGGCUGGUGGCCUGCAGUCGGAACGGAGAAUGGCGAGCAAAUCUUGGCGGGUAAGGUAGAGAUGACGUUAGAACUCUUGACGCAACAAGAAGCUGAAGAGAAGCCCGCUGGGACAGGGCGAGAUGAACCGAACCAGAAUCCAACGCUGGAUCCACCAAAUCGUCCUGCGACAUCCUUCGCCUGGUUCUCGUCUCCAUUCAAGAGCCUACGCUACAUUUUGUGGCGCCGGUACAAGUGGAAGAUCAUCAAGUUCUUGGCGAUCUUUCUCUUGAUAGCUUUGGUAGUCCUCUUCGUUUAUGCAUCGCCGGGUUAUACCGUGAAGAAGUUAAUUGGUGCUUGAAGACAUGGAACCGAAGCAUUUUACAACAGUAUUGUCAAUGGAGGGACCACAGUUAACAGGGAUAGUUGUGCGUGAGGUCAACAACGUGAAAGCAGGAGAGUUUAAAGGAGCGGUUCUAUCUGAAUGUCAACAAUGAACCAAGAAAGAUUUAGCAACCGAACGGUACUAAACAGUCAUAAAGAAAUGACAGACUUUCUCUUCCUGACAUUGCCAACCAAUAUACCGGGUGUAACUGUAGCAGAAAGCGAAAUUUUGGCAAUUUCAAAGGAGGAAUUAUGCAGUAAAUAGCUGCCACUACCGCAUUACCCCUCGCUGUUUUAAAUUAAUUUAUUACAUACGACAUAUCGUUGGAUUUCUGGGUUAUUUAUAGUUCUGAAUUAGGUUUAUAUCAGUUAUACUGCAGUAGAGAAUAUUUCGAUGUAGUUAUAGUGAAUCUAAAGAACUUGUGAUAGAUAUCUAAAGAACUUGUGAUAGAUAUCUGAAGAACUUGUGAUAGAUAUCUCAAGGAAUGUUUGGAAUUACAAUUUAUUUAAAAAUGCAUUUCCUGUCAUUUUCGUGGAAUUAAAGUCAAAAUUUAUCGGCUAGUCUUACCCCCUUUCCUUGACCCAAGCUCAUGCGUUCGUCUUUUGCUGCACGGGCCCUGAUUUAAAAUGUAGACCAAGACUUUAUCACUUAAGGGCCUCGCGCAGAACGCUGGUACUUACCUAAUAGUAGGUAAAUGUAAAGCUAAAAAACAACACUUCAUUCCCUCAAACUAAGAACAACGAGUCUUGAAAGCUCUUUAGAUUUCAAAGGAAAGGAUAAAACGCAUCGUAGUUUGGGCUUGUCCGUUUCAAGCUCACUGCAAAGUUUUUAAUCUCGUUUGAUUCAAUACACGUUCCAUCACAUGAGCGACCAUAGUGCUCUGCUUAUAACUUAUUUACAGGUGGAAUAGUCACCAGCACUUGCUGAAUUUAGUUUUUACUAUUCCUCACUUA